AUGGUGAGAAUAUUGAGAAAUGUUCUAGGCCUCAUGCAUAUGAUGCUGCUUCUAUCAAUAGGAUCAAGGGUUGAAGCUGAUGACAUCCGCUCUGCUUGCUGGGGAGGUGGAGGCAUACCCACCAUCAGCCCUAGCUGUCCUAGGGGGAAAGUGGUCAACAUCAAGAAAGCUGGACUCAGAGUAACAUCAGGCAAUAACAGAUCCUGUGGCUAUCAUGUAAAUGACUGUGGUUGCGAUUAUGACCAAGAUGGCUGUCCAAAGCUACCAGCAGAUGUCCUCAAGUGCACAGGGCGCAGUAACUGUCGUAUCACGGGGAUGCUGUAUUUUCUCUCCGCCUGCCACCAGUUUAGUGAUUACAUGUAUGUGGAAUUUGAGUGUGUGCAAGGAAAUCUAGUACACGACAUCUGUGGCCCAGCAGAUCAGGUGAAAUCUUCUGGUUAUAUCAGCUCUCCAAACUACCCUGGACCCUAUCCAGACAGAACGUUCUGUCAGUGUGAGUUUGUGCCACCAGAGGGCAGCAGGCUGCUGAUAACACGGGUCAUGAUGAAACUGGAAUAUAGCAAGGGAUGUGAACAAGACCGACUUAGCAUCAAAGAAAAUGGACGUGAGGAAAACUACUGUGGGAGUUACAGCCCCAAGCAAUUCGCCACUUAUGGGAAACCAUUAACAGUUGCUUUUGACUCUGAUUGGUACAAAUCAUCCAGACAAGAAGGAUUCUUGUUGAAAUAUGAAGUACAUCCUAAGACAGAAACAGUGCAUGUGAAAUGCCAGAGCCUUCCCAGCACCAGGCCCCAAACUACCACAACCACCACAACUUCUACAACCAGUACAACCACAACUACUACUACUACUACUACAACAACCACUACUACCACACCAACAACCACGACAACAAGAACUACUCCAACUACAACAGUCACCACUAACACUCCAACAACAAAAAAGACAACAACCAUACCCAUUCCCAGAAGCUACACAAGAAAAACUAAACAACCCCAAAGAACCGAUGUGAGACAGAUCCAUAGGAAGGGACAAAGAAGGAGACAAAAGAACAUAACAGAUACAAAAUCAGACUUCAAUGAGGUCCAAAAGGCAAGUGCCAAAUCUUUGACAACAACAACAGAAGCAGUGAAAUUCAAGAGCAGGAGUCAGCCUGAGAGUGGUAGAGGUCCUAUCCAUAAAUCUACCAACACAAGAAAGAACCAACUCCUGCAAACAGACAGUACCAGCCCAGUGCAAAAUGCUGGAAGGGAUGAAAAGCAAGGUGACAAGACCCUGGAAAAAGACAAAGAAGAAAAUUCUUCAAAGUAUGGGGAUGCCAAUGAUUCUCUCACGGUGACUAUUAUUGCAGCAUCAGUAAUUGGUAGCAUUCUCUUGAUUGUUGUGGUGGGCAUUUUAGUGAGAAUUCUGCGGACUCGUACCAAUCCUCAGCAAGAACUGAUGAGGAGGCACAGAAAGGAAUGCGUGCUAAGGCAUGGACACAGAGGACGCCCCCACUGAGAAAAGUUUCUUAUCAAAGGUUCUUUGCUGUUAAACCACAAGAAAACAGCAUCUUAUCACAACGAAGGAACGUUAAAGAAGACGAUUUUGAAUAAUUAGAAAUAAUUCACGAUACAAAAAAGAUGAAAAUGUUGAAGAAAUGAAAGAUGUUGACAUGUCAAAAUCUAUAUAUAUUAUUAACAUGACAUUUAUAGCU